AGUUUUCCAAAUCCCAUUCUUAUCCAUGUAGAUACCAUUUUAUGAACUUUCCUCAUAUUCCUUACUUGUCAUUUCCCCCUCUUCCCACUCUUUUAUAUACUUACAACACAUUGAAAACGUUGUACUACACCACAUAUCUUUGGACUCAACGUCCUCAACCUUCUGCCCGGUAGAAAGCUGUAGACAACACUCCCAAAAGUCCAUAGAAACAAGGAGGAGGAGGAGGAGGCAGAGGAGGAAGAGGAAAGAAGAGAUGGAGAUGACGGGUUUGCAAAGGUCUACUACGUCGUUUAGGAGGCAAGGGUCGUCGGGGUUAGUAUGGGAUGACAAGUUCUUAUCAGGAGACCUGAACCAAAUGAAGAUUAAUAAUAAUAACAAUCAAUCAGACGGCAUGAUGAGACGUACCCGAUCGGACGGGGGAGGUGGACACAUGUACCGGGCGGCGAAGGCGGCGUCUCCGAGCAUAGACCCUCCUUCUCCUAAGGUCUCCGGUUGUGGCUUCUGUGGGGUUUUCGGCAGACCGAUCGCAGCCAAGAACAGACGAUCAAACAAACGUAAGUCACGAUGAAAUAUAGCUUUGUACAUGUUUUGAGUAUGCUAUAUAUGGCAUUCCAAUUCCAUUAUGUGUGAAUUUUCCUUUUUCUUUCCUUUUUUUUCCUGGGGGGGUAGGGUUAAAUUUCCACACAUAGAAUUCCAGCUGAACACUUCAUCUCUUUCCAAAAAAAAAGAGAGGGUGUUUUCAACAGCUUCUGUUUCAUGGGAUUCUGUCAUAGAGAUGGUUUUCUUUUCAGAGCUUUGUGUUGAUUUUCUUCUAAUUCCUUUGUAUAGUUUUGGUCUCCAAGUUUAUGCAUCAGAUAUAAUUUCAAUGAACCAAAAGCGAAAUUUAUUAGCUUUAA